AUGGGCUUCCAGCCGGCCACCCGCAACUACCGACACACAAACACAAAGAUACUGUCGAUGCCCUCCUCCCCCAUCAUCCUUGACCUCAUGGCUCAGCGCUUCCUCAGCGGCCAACAUGCGGCCAUCGGCCUGAGCCUGGUCCUCUUCAUCUUUAUGUUCCUCCCGACACUGCUCAUCCUCGUGGCGGUUAUUGUCUUCUUUGCGUUCUACUACCCACGACUGAGCAGGUCCUAUGUGGUGGAUCGAGAGCAUGGGGAGCACUCAAAGUCAAAGCAAAUCGAGAUGAGCAGUUGA